AUGGAAGAGUCUCUGAAAUUUGACGACCUUUCCUCUAUCCCUAUCGUUGACGUUUUGAUAAUCGGUGCAGGUCCUUGCGGGUUGGCAACGGCAGCCAGGCUGCGCGAGAAGUACCCUUCUGCAUUGUUUACAGACGAGGAACAGUCAAGGUAUACGUGGAUCGCCAGAAACGCUCAGCAAACAUCGAUAAAGGAUCGACGCACUGGCCGAGUUCGACGCAUGUCCUGUGUCCCCAGCCGUCCUAACGACCCGUCCAUACUCGUGCUUGAUUCAACAGGUGAUCAAUGGAUGGAACGCUGGAACAAAUUAUUUGAGCGCCUAGAGAUUGAAUAUUUGAGAAGCCCAAUGUUUUUUCACACUCAUCCACAGGAUCGAGAUGCGCUGCUGUCAUUUUGUCAUCGUGAAGGAUCUUCUAGCGAUUGGAUUCAGGAGAUUGCAGGCUGCGUGGGUAAAGAACUCAGCAAGCACGAGAAGAAGAAAAGGCGGAGAAGCCAUCACCAGAGACGGACCAAAUUGUGCCCUUCAGAUAUUAACGAGCGCGACCGACAAGACUAUUUUGCACCCGCCUCACUUGCGUUCAAACGCUUUUGCGAAGAAUGCAUUGAACAUUACCGCUUGAAGGAUCUCGUACGAAAAGAGUCUGUUGAGAGCAUCGAUUAUGACUUUAUCCCUGGUACUUCCACCAUAAAGAAACUGUUCAUAGUUCGAGCUUCGGCACGGACAUAUUUAUCGAGAAUAGUUGUUCUAGCUGUUGGAGGCGGGGAUGCCGUCUCUCCUGUACCUUUCCAUGAGAGCACGCACGUGCUAGAUUUGGGAAACGCAAACGCUCUGAUACCAGAUGUUUUAAAACGCAAAGUUGAACUCGGACACGAGACAAAUGUCCUGGUAGUUGGCGGUGGCCUCACAUCAGCGCAAGCAGCAGACUGCCUGCUUCGCAAAGGGAUUGCCAAAGUCUAUCUCCUUAUGCGAGGUCCUUGGAAAACUAAGCCUUUUGACAUCGAUCUCGAGUGGAUGGGAAGGUAUCGUAACGGGAAAAGAGCCGCAUUUUGGACCGAAGAUGAUCUUGACGAGCGACUCGCUAUGGCAAAACAAGCAAGGAAUGGCGGCAGCAUCACCCCAAGGUUCGCAAAGAAACUUAAAAAAUACGAACAGGAGGGAAGGUUAAAAGUGUACACGCAUACGCAGAUUGUGUCUCGACAAUACGAUGAGAGAAAGAUGGUAUGGAAGGCGAUAACGGAGCCGCGUCAAGAGUUGCCAUACUUUGAUCACAUCAUCUUCGCCACAGGCUUAAGUAUCGAUGUACGGACAAUGGACAUCUUGAGAACGGUGAAUGAGAAGUAUCCAAUACCCAGCCAUGGAGGACAUCCGGCUUUGACCGAUGAUCUCAGAUGGAAUGCCGAAAUGCCUCUUUUUGUAAAUGGCAAGUUGGCAAUGUUGCAGCUUGGUCCGAGUGCAGGCAAUCUUGAAGGUGCGAGGCUUGGUGCUGAAAGAAUCGCAUGGGGUAUCUUCAACGAGCUGAAUGAGACUGAUGGUUCGGUCGAACAAGCUGGCGUGGCUCAGCAAAACUACGUGCUGGGAAUCGGCUCCCGCUAUGAUAGCUUGAUCGAGAUCGACACCACAGUCGAGAUCUGA